AUGCUGUUCUUAUUCCUGUUCCUGGCAGCCGUCCAGGUGCCCCUGAGCACAGCCAUGCUAUUUGGCCCAUCGCUUUUCUGUUUCAGCGUCAUCGGCCAGCGGCAGGCAGAUCUACUCUCAAAUCUGUUCCUCGAAGGAAUUGGACUCUUCGGCUGUGACGAGUACAUGCUCUUCAGCAGUCUGCCUGCGGAGGAGCUGUUCAAGAACAGCAUGAGCGCACAUCCGACGUGGCCGACAAGUGGUCCCGUAGUGCAUUUGCUCUCACACUCCGUGGACAUGCCGCUCAGCAUGGCUGCCGUCCGGGAGGUUUGGCAUCGAGUUUCAGAAGAUGGGCGCUACAAAAGAUUCAACUGGAUCCUAAAGAUGGACCCAGAAACAGUCUUUCAUCCCGAUCGCUUGCGCGACAUUCUGUCUCUUCACUGUUCUCAUUCCGAUUGUGACGCGAUGGCGCUGCAAAACGGCGAAGUGAUUCCAGGUGCGAUGCAGGCCUUGACCAAAGCUGCCGUUGCAAAGCUGGCAAAGAACCAGCUGGACGAUUGCGAGGACGAGGCAGCAGACUCGGCAGACGCGGAGGUGCAGUGCCUGCAGAAAAGCCUGCACAAGAGCGAUGUCAAGCUGGUGAAGGAGCCUAGCCUCUUCAAAGACUUCAGCACCUCACACUCGAUGAGGAUCUGCACGCUAAGUCUGGGCUCCUUCUGGCCUUUCCUGGCUUGGCCCGACUACAUGACAUGCAUGGGCCAGGCUGGUUAUUCUGUGCAACCUGAUGCGCCAUCAAAUCCAUCGCAGGUAUCAUGGACGCGGGAUGUGCUGCAGCAAGGUUAUUACGUCCGACCCACCAUGUUCUGUUGGGUACUAGUGCAGCACAAGGGUGAGGAGCCCGAGCUGCUCAAGUGGCAGCGGCAGCGAGAUCUGGGCAUCUUCGCCUGUGAUGGUUGGAUGAUCGUCAGCAAUGCAUCUGCCAGAGAGGUCUUGCCAGCUGAGGCGUGGCACACGCACAUCAGUAUCAUCCAUGGCAACACUACCGGUGGCAGGACGUUCCGCACUGUCCACGGCAAGCUGAUUAGUGAGCCGGCUGAUGCGGGGGUCUAUGCGAAGGCAUGGGAAGCCGUCUUCGAAGAGGGUAGCUACCGUUCGUUCGACUGGGUCCUGAAGCUCGACGUCGGCGUUGUCGUGGUUCCGGAACGUCUUCGGAGUGCGCUGAAUGCACUAUGUCAACCGUCGGCCUGCGGAUCAAAGAUAGUUCACAACUUUGGGGGGGACUUGCUGGGUCCCGUGGAGGCCAUGAGUGCAAAGGCUGCCUCCACAAUGGCAGCCGGCAUGCACACCUGCACUACCGCCGCAAAAUGGGAGAUGCAACCCGAGUAUCGAUGGCUGUCCUCCUGCGUCAGUACGCUCGGCAUCGGGGCUGUGCGAUCGGCUCUCCUUCUUUCGGACCACAAGGCUCUCCCGCGGCCUUGCGACACUGUGCAUGGUUGCUUCAGUCCGUUCAUGAACCUCGGCUAUCACGCGCUCUGCCUCAAGCAAUCGGGGUACUACUACAUAGCACCACCGCCGACGACCACCCUCACGCGAACCUCCACGAGUACUUCGGUAACCUCAACCUCUGCAACGUUCACCACCUCCACUGUCUCAACUACCACAGUGACUUCUACAGUUCCAAAAGUGGCGCCGAUGAGCAUCUUCGCUUUCGAAGGACGAUCCUUUCAGAAGAAGCUACCGGUCUGGGUCAUCACGGCCGAGAACGAGCAGCGCGGAAUCCCCUUUGCACUUGAGAUCGGAGCUGCCCUUCUGGCCAUGAUCGCGAUUCCCUCGCUCGGUUGCAUGCUGUGUCGGCGGUCGGCUGCGCCUGCCGCUACAUCUCGCGACGAGCCCCAGGACACAGCUGAGGCCUUGCUGACAGGGCCGGCUGGCCAAGCCGGCGGUGUGUGA